UCUCGCCGGAGGCACAGCCAUGGCCGACCGCGCUCUCGGGUCUGCGCGCGCGCUGCUCGCCGCCCUGCUGGCGCUGGCGCUGUGGGCGCUGCUGGUGUCGCCGGCGCGGGGCCGCGGCGGCCGGGACCACGGGGACUGGGAUCUGGCCGAGCUGCUGCCGCCGCUGCCGCCCCGCGAGGACGCGGCGCGCGUGGCCCGCUUCGUGACGCACCUCUGCGACUGGGGCGCGCUGGGCACCAUCUCCACGCUGGAGGCGGUGCGUGGCCAGGCCUUCGCCGACGUGCUCUCGCUCAGCGACGGGGUCCCCGGAGGGAGCACCGGCGUGCCCUACUUCUACCUGAGCCCGCUGCAGCUCACCGUGGGCAACCUGCAGGAGAAUCCCCACGCCACACUGCUCCUGUCUUUGGCACAGACGAACUUCUGCAAGAAAAAGGGGUUUGAUCCCCAAAGUCCCCUUUGUGUCCACAUCAUGCUGUCCGGAUCUGUGAUGAAGGUGAAUGAAACAGAAAUGGACUUUGCAAAGCUCUCACUAUUCACGCGGCACCCGGAGAUGGAGACCUGGCCUUCCAGCCAUAACUGGUUCUUUGCCAAGUUGAACAUAACCAAUAUUUGGGUCCUGGACUACUUUGGUGGGCCUAAAAUCGUGACACCUGAGGAAUAUUACAAUGUCACCUUUCAGUGAAGCAGAGGACGGCGAGUUUAAUCCCCUGUGCUGAUUCUGGGGCUGGCUCUUACGUACCAGAAGGGCUUCUGGUCUACCUGGAUAGUUUCCCCAGAGUAUUAGCUGGUUUGCCAUCACGCACUGGUUUGCUUGCUUGCUUAUUUCCAGAGGAGUUGGCCCACGACUGAAUUUCCUGGGGGAUGUGGCUGCUGGAAGUUUUUCACACAUCGAAGGCAUUUUCACAGAGAAAAAGAGCUGAUUCUAAUAAAAGAAGUGUUCGUUUGGCCAA